AACAAAGAAGAUUCAGAUAAGAUACUGCAUACUUAUCAUGCAACGUUUUUUAAUCAUUUUAAUACAAAAACAUAAGCAAAUAUUAGUUCUUUGUGAGUUAUUAGUGAAACUUAAAUAAUGGAGGAUAACGAGCAUUUGGAAACUGAUGCUUUACCAUUUACCCCAAGGUUUAUUCCAAGACACCAACCGCUGGCAAGAGGUCAACACCCAGACGAUGAGUGCUACAACAUGUCCCACCCCAACAGGGGCAUAGCCCUAAUAUUCAACCACCAGUUCUUCGACCGCCCUAAUUACAAAGAGAGAAGGGGCACCUCCUUCGACAGAGAUGCUAUGGCAAAUGUUUUGGAAAAGAUGGGCUUUGAGUUGCAUAUAUAUCAGGACUUAAGUUGCGCUGAAGUUCUUGAUAAGUUGGAAAAUGUUGCGAACAUGGACCACUCCAAAAACAGCUGCUUAGUGGUCGCAGUCAUGUCACAUGGCAGGACAUACGGUAGAAUUAGCGCAAGAGAUACCGAGUACACCACCAGCGACAUGAUCGAGAUGUUUGCCGGAAGUAAAUGCCCCACAUUGGCGGGGAAACCUAAAUUGUUUUUUAUUCAGGCAUGCAGAGGGGAAAGAACAGACGGAGGAGUGAGGGUGGAAACCGAUUCACAUGGUGUAGGCGAAACGGUUUACACUAUACCUAAUAUGGCUGAUAUUUUAAUUAUGUACGCUACUGUUGAUGGAUACUUUGCAUGGCGUGAUCCUCAAAAAGGAGGCUGUUUCAUCCAGUCUUUGGCAAAAAAACUGGAAGCCCACCAUAAAGAGAAGGACCUACUGUCGAUUUUAACGUUGGUAAACAGAGACGUCGCUAUAGGAUUCCAAUCCAGAUCUGCCGACCCGAAUUUCCACGGCAAAAAGGAAAUGUGCUCCAUAGUCAGCAUGCUGACAAGAAUAUUAUACUUUAAUUAAUAAGAGAAAUUUUAUUUAAGAUAUGCACAUUUAUGUCAUUUCAAACAAUAAAUACCAGCUUUUACCCGUUGAAA